AUGACAGGACUGCCCCGCUCGUCUUCACAGAAAAUCACUGCCGACACGCGGAUCGUAUUCGGUCUGUGGACUGGCCAUCCGAAGUCCCGCACCGUGACAGCUGACCGCUUGUCACUAUUCGACGGCGGGACACGCGUCGCCGCAAUAGCCGCUCCGAGUCCGGAGGUGGUGGUGCCCAUCGAGAACGCAACGACGACAUGUAUCAACAACAUUCGGAUAGCGAUGGUUGUGUCCGAUGCCGCCCGAGACACAAUACGGACAGGAAGCCUCACAGAUGGGAUGCACAACAGUGAUGGCCAGCGAGAAGAAGGCGGGUCGAGCGGCAUCUGCAGAGAGUCGCGGCGGUUCGACGCAGCUCAGGCGCGAGCGGGUGCACGCUGGCUUGAUUACAAGUAA